AUGUGGAGAUUCUCAAUGGUAAAAUCUCGCCGAACAGAAAUCACAAAUGAAAUUCCAACAUACCGAGAUCCUUUUGCGUAUAAUAUUUGGGAACCACACGCUAGGUCAAAGCAUUUACAAAAUAGUCCUUUGGAGGGAAUAGGUUUUCGACGUUCUCAGAACCAUGUUUAUGGUAAAAUUGUUCAUACUGUGCCUACUGAUAAGUAUACUGAGAAACUUAAAGUAAAUGGAAGGAGUUUUGAUGAUAUGGCAAAAUUUCUUACAUCAGAAAGACCAAUAACUCCAAGACGAAAAAAUGCUGAAGCAUUUCGAUUACCCAAUGGCGCAGUAUCUUUUCGUAUGAUACCUGCAUUGACCGACAGCUUCAGAAAACUGAAAGCUGUUGUGAGGGCACAGAGAGCUAAAGAACUGCAGGAUCAGCAUCUAGCAGAUUCUCAUGGAAUUAUGAAGGAUGUUAGCAAAGGAAAUCUUCAUAACAGUCCUUCCUUUGACUACCUUUAUAAUGCAAAUACUUCGCUAACUGGGAAAAGAAAUUUAGCAUCUAAAACUCUUCAUUUUAUUGCUAAUCCAUCCGCAUUUAUAUAUGGAUCCCCCAAGUAUUACGAUCAGUUCCUAGCUGAUCAUUACAUUUCAGAUUAUGGAUACUAUUACAGGCCACAUGUUGCUCCUAUGAACAUGAGAUAUAGUAUGAUGCCUAUCAAUACACCAUUCCAUUAUUAA